AUGUGGGCCGUGCGGCAAGACUCGGAACGGGACUCGAGGCGACACUGGAAGCGGGAGUCGGGCUGGCGGCCGCAACCAAUGGGAUACUGCCUUCUCGGUAGUUGGAGAGGCACAAAAGGCUGUGGGCAAACAUGUCGUCAGUCAGGCGUGUCGGCCACGUGUCCGAGAGCUCGCGGUCGCCCCCUCGGCGCGUCGCAUGCCGCGUCGCAGGCGGCAGCACUCCUCGAGUCCGUCGAUUCCGGCCACUUCUGGCCGCGCAGUUUCACUCAAUUGCCCUCACCAAUUGGUACCACCGAGGCUACAGAACAAUGCUGCCCUCCCCCCACAAAUGCCGACCUCACACUCCACAAUUGUGCCUACCAAUCGCUCAUUUCAAUUAGUCAUGUCAAUUACUCACUUCAAUAA